AAAGGAACUGGCUAAUGCGUUGGUAACGACGCCUCAUACGCUGUGGCACGUAUGUGGCUAAUACUCUUAGAAGCUCCACAGCUUCUGACAACCCUAGAACACCAGAGCGGGCAACUACUGAAUAAUUAUAGCAUUUGCUCCUUUUGUUUACCUCGGGCCGGCUGAUCAGAUCGGCAAGUAGGAAUCGAGUUAGCCAGGUCUUUCGCCAAAAGAAAGAAUAAUUCAUGGAUGUUCAAAAAGGUUCAUGUUAUCAUGUGAGCUUGAUCUCCGUUUGUGUUUGAUGUUUUAGGCAGUUAACCAUGCCCUCGCUGGUUUCAGCCGUGCAUCUGAAUUGAGCCGUUGCCAUGCGCUUCUCGCUCUACAUGGCGCUCAUUUCCACGCUCGCGGCGGUAGCCGAGUGCAGCAGCUUCCAGCAGCAGUGCUCCAAGCUCGCCAGCAAGCUCAAGAUCGAGAAUGCUACCGCCUGGUUCUCCGAGUACGUGGCCGCUGGCACCAACAUGUCCUUCCCAGACACGGACCCGUCGUGCGCCCAGGGCAGCCUGGUGGUCGAUGUCGACUUCUGCCGCGUCGCCCCGUACGUUGCCACGUCCCACCGUUCGGGCAUCAGCAUGGAGGCCUGGCUGCCCAAGAACUGGACCGGCCGGUUCCUGAGCACGGGCAACGGCGGUCUCAAUGGCUGUCUCUCGUACGACGACAUGGCCUACACGGUCGAGCUUGGCUUCUCCACCGUCGGCGCCAAAAACUGCCACAACGGCCACAACGGCACCUCGGGCGCCCCCUUCCUCAAUAACCCCGACGUAUUAGUCGUGGACUUUGCCUGGCCGUCCGUUCACACCAACGCUGUGGUAGGCAAGCAGAUCUCGGAAGCCAGACGUACCUGACGCCCGAGCAGUGGGACGCCGUGAACGCCGA